AUGUCUUGGGCUAAGUUUUUGAAGCUUCUAGGGAUCUAUUCUUCGGCUUCUACGCAGAAUUACUCGGAAGGGAACUACUUGACAAACUUGCACGAAAAGGACGUUUCGAUAUACAAUACGUUGCAGCCGACAUAUAGGAUGGCGUAUGACCAUAAGGUUGAAGGGAUAUACUUUCUUAAUCUGGAGUCGAUUAAGAAGAACCGAGACCAUGUUCAUACGGUGCUAGUUAUGCACAAAACGUAUAUUACGGAUGUAUACAAUCUGCUUAUCAAACCAAAGAACGAGCGGGCAAGCAUGUCCAACCACCGGCAAAAGAUGAUUUGUGUUAAAAAGAGCGACUACCAUGUUGUUCCUUGCUCCGUGGACUCUAACGAGAGCACUUAUAUUAAGAAAUGGCGAAUUAAGCCGAUGACUAACGGAUAUAAGAUAAAGGAUGCAGACCAUGGCUGGUGCGUCGUGCGUGAGACGCAUGAAGGGGUUCUGAAGCUUGAGUCCUGUAGUGACACUACUUUGGAACAUCGGUACGAUAUGAUCGAGGUCAAAGAUGAUCCAUAUAAGGGGAUGUACCUGACUCCACGAGAAGAGAUAGAAUAUAACCUGAGUGCGGUUGAUCCUAGUGGCCAGCUGCCUAGCUGGAUGACCAAUGGCUUGUCCAACAUGGACCAUGGUGGCGGCCACCACCAUAACAACGGCCAUCAUACCGGAAAUAAUGGCGGCGGCUGGGAUGGAUAUGGCGCGGAUCCAAAUGGUCAGUAUCCUAACUCCGGCUGGGGCGGUGGAAUGCAUAACGGUAUGGGCGGCAAUGUAAAUAUGUGUAUUAGUCGAUGUAUGGGUGGUGGUGGCGGAGGAUUCGGAAAUGGUGGUGGCGGUGGAGGAUUUGGAAACGGAGGCGGUGGCUUUGGAAAUGGUGGUGGAGGAUUUGGAAAUGGAGGAGGCGGGUUUGGAAACGGAGGAGGCGGGUUUGGAAAUGGAGGAGGCGGGUUUGGAAACGGAGGAGGAGGGUUUGGAAAUGGCGGAAUGGGUGGCAUGGGAAACUCCAACAAUGUAGAUAUGAUGUGUAUGCAGCGCUGCAAACAGAGUUCCUUAAAUCCAUACAAUCCCAAUGGUCUUGCCAAUCCAAACAACCAUCCCUACAACCCGAACGGUAUGGGUGGUAUGGGUGGCAUGGGUGGCAAUGGCAUAUAUAACCCUAAUGGAAUGGCUGGUAAUAAUGGUGGGUAUCCCUUUAAUCCCAGCGGUAUGCCAGGAAAUAAUCCUUACAACCCUAACGGCAUGAAUGCAAAUACCUUGCCUAAUACGAAUCCUUACAAUCCUUAUUGUCCAACCGGCGUAGGUGGUGUCGGCAACGUCAAUCCUUAUGAUCCCAAUAACCCUUACCACCCACACAACCCACACAAUCCACACAAUCCACACAACCCCAAUAACCCUAACAAUCCUUACAAUCCACACAACCCCAAUAACCCAUACAACCCUAACAAUCCAUAUAACCCGUAUAACCCCAACAAUCCCAAUACUAACCCUAACGACCCAAAUAACCCUAACAAUCCUUACAAUCCGAAUGGAACUGCCAACACUAUAAUUGAUCUAAAAGACCUGAGUUCUAACAUUACCAAGAUAAAGGGAAUGCUCGGCACCCUUAAGAGCUUCUGCAGCCACCACACAAUUAGCAGUUUGUGUGGCGGACCGGGCAAAUCUACUGCUCAGCUUUCCGUUAAACAAAUGAAACGGCUGCUAGCAAAGCAUUUACCCCUUUCUCGCAUUGAGAAGAUCCUUAAACAGUCUAGAGCCCCUCAUCGCCGCCCUUCGCCCGUCUAUUAUGAAGCCGAGUAUUAUGAUGUCCACUCUGGCCAUCCGCCAGGCUACAACUCCCACCAUGCAUCGCAUCCGCUAGUGAACAGAGAGGAUCCAUACCAAAGUACGCAUCGGCUCCGCCAUCCUCACGACCGGCACUCUUAUAACAGACACACAUAUGACUCCCGCCCCUCUACCGACCACGCACAUGGCAAUCAUCCUUACAACAGCCAUUCAUAUGAAAAUCACUCUUAUAACGGCUAUUCAUCCGGCAACCACCCAUAUAACGGCCACUCUUAUGGCAAUGAAACCUACCACCCCCACUCUUCCCACCAACACACGUAUCACCAACCAACACAUUACAACUCGUUUUAUUAG